UGAUAUUUUCCGUCCAGAACUUGCUUUGUGAAGCUCUCGGUCAAUUCGGCGUGCUCCAAGGAGAACAUUUCUCCCCUGUUUUGCUUGCAAACCCAGACACGAGUGACCAGUAUAGUUUUGAGUGACCAGCAGUUUGCUUCAAAUUCUCAAGCCUCUUUUGAUGCUCCCGAUAGAAGACAAGAAGCUUGCUAUCUUUUUUUAAAUACAUCAACCUUCGCAGAUUUUCUAAGAUGGACUGAACUAACCAAAUAUAGGUGCCGAUGACUUAUUGAGCAAUAAAACUAGCUGAAUUCGGCAGCUUUGGGUCAAACAUAAUAGGUCUUCUGGUCACGUGGAAUCUCUGAAAACCUGAUAUUCCUUUCAACGAUCGACAAAGUUUCGUUUGAGUGUGCUAAAUUCUUUGCCCGCUGACGGUUCGAAAAUAAUACGGACAAUAAUAAACGAUGUCUACCUUCAGGCCUGUGAUUCGUAUGAACUCCCUUGUGGAGAAUGAUACUGCGGCCGCUGAGUACCACAAGCAUUUGUCUCCAUUUCAAAUGGAGAAGUUCACUUAUAUGUUUGACUCACUUUUCGACUUGGAUAAGAAUCUGUUAUUGGAAGAGGCCGACAUUCAUGCCCUGGUGAGUAAAAUGAAGACCUAUUGCAAAUGGGAUGACAACGAUGAGAAGUAUCAGUAUAUCAAAGACGUUCACAAAGUCUUUUAUGAAUGUCUUCAAGAUCAAGUGAGAUCCGAAAAAGCGGCCUCUGCUCAAGCUGAAGAGAUCAAGACCUGGGAGGAAGCCUUGAAGGUGAAGAAAAUUGACGUGUCCCAGAUCACCCUGCGACAAUGGCUCAACAUGUGGGGCCGUCUUUGUUACAGAGCCUCCGGUCUCAAUGAUUUCCCAAUUUGGGUCCAGUUGCUCCCGAAAAUCUUCUUUGAAAUCAUUGACCAAGAUAAGGACGGAAUUUUGGAGAAGAGUGAAUAUGAGCGAUUCUAUCGUGAGUUUGUUGCCGUGCCAUCUACUGAAUUGCAAAAGGUGGUAGAUGAAGGAUACAGAGCCAUGACUGCGGACGGCGAAUACACCUUUGACCUGGAACAUUACGGUUUUUGCUUUGCCAAUUUCCUCUUGGGACGAAGCAUUUACGGACCUGGCAAGUACAUCUUUGGCGUCUUUGACAACAGCGAUAUCAACCAGACCUUCAAGGUCAACUACAACGAGGAGGACGAAGAGGAUUAAACACUCUGCCACCACCAAGCAUGAAGUUGCCAUAUAAGUUUUGUUCAUUGCUAUAUGUCUAUUGAGGUCAAGUUAUACAUUCGCAAACAGUUUCAAUGUCUAUUUCUACCUAUGUACGUGCCAAUAAAUCUAAUAAAAAAGUGUGAAAGAAAA